UUUGCUGAAAAUCAGCUAGUAAGUAAGGUAAUCUUUUGUAAAUUUAGCAUACAUAAUUUCUAAAAAAGGAUGAAAGUGGCCUAAUUAGAAAAUUUUAUAAAUAUCAAGGUGUACCAUUGUAAUUGGAAUUUAAAUUAGAAAGGCAAAAACUAGAAGGCAUUAUAGCCUAAUACACAAUUUAUCAUAUAUGGAACAAGAUCUGUGUUAGAAUGGCUCUAAUUGUUGAAGAUAACCAGUUACAUUUUGAAAAGAUUUGGUAAAACCUAUAGAUCUCUACCAUAGCACCAGCAUCCUGAAUCAGCUUAGCUUAUAUUGGUUAACCAAGAAAAUUCUACAAGCACAUAGUCGGUUAAGAACCAACAUGGAGUGGGUAUAUGUGGAGGUUGAUACCUCUUGCAAAAGCAUCAAAUUAGGAGAAAUAAAAAGCUUGGUAAUAUAGGCCCACGGUUUAAAGUGAGUUGUUGUGAAAGUUUCUCGUGUGAGAGCCAGUAAAAGAGCGCUCUAAGAUGAUAUGGGGAAAUAGACUAUUCGGGUGAUAGAAUAUUGAGCACUGAUCAUUCUAAUAAAGCAAGUGUGACUUCAUUCCAUAUAAGGACCAAAUUUUGCAUUACACCCUUGUGUCUGCAUUUAAUUAUUUCUUCUAGCCACAAUUUGCUUCUGUCCACAUUUCAAGAGCUGCUCUUUUUGCAGCGAUACAAUGCAGUUCUGUUGUUGGGAACCAACUUUGUGCAUAAUCUGGUGCUACGAAGCUGAAUAAUUGGGAACAAGCAAGCUUGGUGAAGUUUGAAAAGCCACAACACACUGUGAUGUUGGACAUGAUAAAUACUAUCGGCAUUAUCAAUAAGAGGACAACUAAACCUAUUGGAGUGCGCCUUAAUGGAGUCUUAUCUGAUAUGAGACCUCAGGAAGGUUUGAAGGUGCAGAGAUUGCAACACCACAAGAUAGAAGCGAGACUAAGGUGCAAUAUUGAAGCUGGGAAGGAAAAAAUUGUCUUGAAGACUGAUGAUGGAAGCAAACCUUUUGUAAGAUACCCGAGAACAGGCAAAGCAAAAUCCUCACCUGAUCAAGGGUCCAAAGUAGAUGAGGCUGGAGUUUUGCCUCAAAAUUGGCUGCACCAACCUGCAAAAUCCUCAUUCCCUAAACAGAUGGGUUCCAUAGCAGGACAAGCAUCGACGGCGACGGCGGUAGCACUAGGGGGACACGGCGACGGCGUGGUCACGAGACGCGGCGGCGAUCUAACCUGGGUUCAGACUUGUCGACGACGAGGUGGCAGCGGCGAUGGCGAGGCGGCACGGCGACGACGAGGCGACGAAUCGAAGUGGCGGCGGGGACGGCUUCAAGGGUUGAGGGGGAGAAAAUGGGAUCGCGUUGGUUUGGGGAGAAAUUAAACGGGGAUCUCAAAA